GCGUCUCUCUCUCUUUCUUUCUCAGAUUAAUCGCUGAGAAGAAGCAACCACCUGAGACGGCGGAGAUGGCUGGGUACAGAGUGGAAGAUGACUACGAUUACCUCUUCAAAGUUGUUCUUAUAGGCGAUUCUGGAGUUGGCAAAUCCAAUCUCCUUUCCAGAUUUACCAAAAACGAGUUUAAUCUAGAGUCUAAAUCCACCAUUGGCGUCGAAUUCGCCACUCGCACAUUAAAAGUCGAUGGUAAAGUCAUCAAAGCUCAGAUUUGGGAUACUGCUGGUCAGGAGAGGUACCGUGCCAUCACCAGUGCAUACUAUCGUGGAGCUGUGGGCGCACUCCUAGUAUAUGAUGUUACCCGCCGUGCAACAUUUGAGAACGUAGACCGGUGGUUAAAGGAACUCAAGAACCACACAGAUCCAAACAUUGUAGUGAUGCUCGUUGGUAACAAAUCUGAUCUCCGCCACUUACUAGCUGUUCCUACAGAAGACGGAAAAUCCUACGCGGAACAGGAAUCGCUCUGCUUCAUGGAAACAUCUGCCCUUGAAGCUACCAAUGUCGAGGACGCAUUUGCAGAGGUUUUGACACAGAUUUAUCGCAUCACAAGCAAGAAGCAAGUUGAAGCUGGUGAAGAUGGGAAUGCCUCUGUCCCGAAAGGUGAGAAAAUAGAAGUUAAAAACGAUGUCUCUGCUCUGAAGAAACUCGGGUGCUGCUCAAAUUGAAGGCUUUUUUUUUUUGUUUCUGUUGAGAGAGAAUUAUAACCCCCAUGGUCCAUUGUUCGCUUAUGCUCUUGUUUUGUAACACUAUCGAUAUUUAUAUAAGUUUUAGACUACACAUUAUAUAAUGUUUCUGUAACUUUAUUUCAAAAAUUGUUGGUGAAUCAGUUUCAGAAUACAUCAGUUACGAAGCA